CUACUUCUCUCUGGUGAAUGUGUGUUUUUUUUUUUGUUCGUUCCAAGGCAAAGACGACCACACAAAGGAAGCAAAGACGACCACAACAAACCAAGACCCAACAUCCGCCGGUGAAUGUCAACAGAACGAUUAUUAUAGGAAUUCUUUAUCCUCUUCCAUGGCUUGAAUUUCCCCAAAAAAAAAUAAUAAUAAUAAUUUCUCAGAUCAUCAUCUUCUGCUUCGCUUAGACGACCACCACCCAUAAAAAUCUUCUCUCUAAAAACUCUAUAUAACUCAAGGAUCAGGCGUGGAUCGACCCAUGAUGGUGAUAACGAACUUGCCGGCACCAAACUUUUCAAAUCUGGCGGUAGAAUCCUCCACCAUCAACUUCCUCUGCAGUUAUGGCGGUAGAAUCCACUACAACACAGCCACGCGGUCAAAUCAAGGAUGGAUUCACAACAACAAGAAAAUGCAGACCCAAUCCCCCAAUUGUAUGGGUUCCUCCUUCAUUUUCCCUGUUCAUGCAGAUGUCUAUCCUAAUGGGUUCUUCUUUGUUUAUGUGAUAAUAGGAAAUCCACCCAAAACCUACCAUCUUGAUAUAGACACCGGCAGUGACCUUACUUGGGUCCAAUGUGAAGUACCAGCCAAACUGCACAAGCCCCACCACAAUUCAUACAAGCCCAAGAACAAUGUUGUAUGCUGUAAGGACCCCUUAUGUGCCUCUGUCAACCAACCGCCGGAUCAUCCCUGCAGGAGCCCCAAUGAUCGAUGUCACUAUGUGGUUGAAUAUGCCGACCAUAGUUCUUCUCUUGGUGUGCUGGUUAGAGACUACUUUACCUUCAAUAAAGCUGCUAAUAGACACAUUCUGGCCUUUGGGUGUGGAUACCAUCAGAAAUUUUCUGAUCCAUCUCCUCUUCCUGUCGAUGGAGUUUUUGGCCUUGCUGACGGCAAAUCAAGCAUUCUGCGGCAGCUACACAGUCUAAGUCUAACACGGAAUGUAAUUGGUCAUUGUUUCAGUAGGCGAGGGGGAGGAUUUCUUUUCUUUGGAGAUGGUCUCAUCCCUUCAGGAAUUGUUUGGACACCAAUGGAAACCAAUCCCUUGAACCACUACUUGUCUGGACCAGUGGACCUCCUGCUUGGCGAGCAGACUCUUGUUGCCGAGAAUCUUGAUAUAGUUUUUGACAGUGGGAGCACAUACACUUAUCUUAAUUCCCAUACAUACAACAAUACACUAAGGUGGGGAGAGUGUUUUCAGAUUAUGACGGAGUUAAAGACAAAGCCAUUAAAGGCAGUUGAGGAUGAACUACCAGCGUGCUGGAAAGGUGCCAAGCCUUUUCGAUCCAUAGAAGCAGUCAAAAACUACUUCAGUCCCUUAGUGUUAAGGUUUAGGAACAAUGUUCGUUUUGCAUUACCACCUGAAAAUUAUCUCAUCGUUACUUCUCGUGGCAAUGUGUGCAUGGGGAUUCUGAAUGCAGGCGAAAUAAAUUUGGAACAUCCGAAUAUCAUUGGAGACAUUUCUAUGUUAGACAAGGUGGUGGUUUAUGACAAUGAGAGAAGGAUGAUUGGAUGGGCUUCUUCGAAUUGCGAUAGGCGAUUUUGAACUUUUUUCUUGUAUCUUUCUUCAACUCGAGUAUGAUUAGAGCAUUUUUACUUGAAAAUUUUACAGUUUGUGAUAAUAAUAUUGUUUCUCAACCUUAGCAGAGCAUUGUCAUGCAAUUGAAGAUUCUUGAGAAGAGACUAGAGGAAUAAGGCUGAAAGGUAGAUAAUGUAACUGGUGUAAGGCAAUGGAUUUUCACCAGGGAUAUCAUACAAUAGCAUGAAAAUAAAAUUUAUAGAAAUAUAUAUAUACACACACAAUUAUAUAUUGAGGAGGAUACAAGUUAUAUUUUUAUUUUGAUUUUAAUUUUAAUUUUAAUUUUAA